GGGCGGGACUUCCGGGAAUCUUUAGCAUUGCGGCCUCUGUUGAAGGGCACUUGUCUCGUUCAGCUAGCACAGGGGUCGUGUGUCAAAGGACCAUACAUUUAGUCAGAAUGGGAGGACACGAUGCUGGAAGUCAGCACCAGUUCACUGGAAUUGCCAGAUACUUCAAUUCAUACACGAUCACUGGAAGGAGGAACUGUGUUUUGGCCACAUAUGCCAGCCUUGCUGCCAUCUUCCUUUUCUUCAAGUUGAAGCCCAAGAAACAACCUGCCGUCACAGACAAGUAGUUAUGUUUCCAUUUGAUCCUCGUUUCUAUCUGCUUGGAGCGGAGAGAGCAGCUGGACAUGCUUGUAAUAAAAAAUGUGUGGUUGGUUUCCUCAUGUAAACAAUAAAGGUGUAUGCUCUGAACAUAGAA